GCCACGAAAAUAUUUUAAUAUAUAUAUUUUAAAUACAACGGCUCACAAUUCUUUUCUUUAAUUAAAAUAUAUAUAUAUAUAUAUGUUCAAAAAUCCCUCUGUAAUAUGUGUUGAUAAUUGAAUUGAUCGGAACCCAUAUAUUUAACAUAUGGGUGCAAAUAUUGACUUGGAAAUUGGUCCUUCUCGGAGGCUUGCAGCACGGGGGCGGUGAGGUGCGAAGAAAUUACGCUUAGGAGGAGGGGCGUUUUCGUCAUCUGGGUAAACAAAAUUAAAUUGAAAACACCGGCGGUUGUGUCCUUUAAAUUGGCUCUCUAAUUGACGAUCCUCACCCCAUAUUCAUAUAUUGCGCGUUGCUUCCAAGCUUUCAUUCCUUCUCAGAUCCCUCUGCCAAAGCGCCAGCUCUUCAAAGGGAUCCAUAGCCUGAAAGAGAUAUGGGGCUGACGUUCACCAAGCUGUUCAGUCGGCUUUUCGCCAAGAAAGAGAUGCGCAUUCUGAUGGUGGGUCUUGAUGCUGCCGGUAAGACAACCAUCCUGUAUAAGCUCAAGCUUGGAGAGAUCGUGACGACAAUUCCUACCAUUGGAUUCAAUGUGGAGACCGUGGAAUACAAGAACAUUAGCUUCACCGUGUGGGAUGUCGGGGGUCAGGAUAAGAUUCGUCCAUUGUGGAGGCACUACUUCCAAAACACUCAGGGUCUUAUAUUUGUGGUGGAUAGCAAUGACAGAGAUCGAGUUGUCGAGGCCAGGGAUGAGUUGCACAGGAUGCUGAAUGAGGAUGAGCUCCGUGAGGCUGUGCUGCUUGUAUUUGCUAACAAACAAGAUCUCCCUAAUGCUAUGAAUGCUGCCGAGAUAACUGAUAAGCUUGGCCUCCACUCUCUCCGGCAGCGUCACUGGUACAUCCAGAGCACCUGUGCAACCUCUGGUGAAGGGCUUUACGAGGGAUUGGAUUGGCUCUCCAACAAUAUUGCUAACAAGGCUUGAGGCAACUGUGGAGUCUGUUCCUGUGGAUGGGCGGUCCUGGAUGCAGGGGUGAAUAUUAUCUAGUCAUCUUCGUUUUUAUUCGUUUUUUUUUCCUUUCCUUUUUAUAUUUUUCCUUGAGACAGUUGGCUUGUGGUAAUGCUUUUUUCAUGAGGAAGCGUUUAUUUAGAACAACAUAUUUGUAAUAGAAGAAUGGUUGGUUGGAUAUACAUAUACUUAACAAGUUUUUGUGGGGGCUGUGGAUGUCACACUUGUAGCUGGUACCGAAACUAAUUUGGUGUACAUCCCAUUUUGAAAUGGAUUUUUAUAAUAUUAUAGGCGUUGUUUCGUUUAA